GCCGUAGCCGCCGCUCCUCCCACCGGUAGCAGCCGGGGCUGCGCGGGGCGGUGGAACGGCGCGCUUUUCAACCGCCAUGAGCCUGUGGGUGGACAAGUACCGGCCCAGCGCCCUCAGCCGCCUGGACUUCCACCGCGAGCAGGCGGCGCAGCUCCGCAGCCUGGUUCAGUGUGGUGACUUCCCUCAUCUGUUGGUGUAUGGGCCAUCAGGAGCUGGGAAGAAGACAAGGAUAAUGUGCCUGUUAAGAGAAUUAUAUGGUGCAGGUGUGGAGAAACUGAGGAUUGAGCAUCAGAGUAUAACGGCACCUUCUAAAAAGAAAAUUGAAAUUAGCACGAUUGCAAGUAAUUACCACCUUGAAGUUAACCCAAGUGAUGCUGGAAAUAAUGACCGUGUAGUGAUUCAGGAACUCUUGAAGACAGUAGCACAAUCCCAGCAACUUGAAACAAGUACUCAACGAGACUUUAAAGUGGUGCUGUUAACAGAAGUCGACAAGCUCACUAAAGAUGCCCAGCAUGCUUUGCGAAGAACAAUGGAGAAGUACAUGGCAACCUGCAGACUUAUCCUGUGCUGCAACUCCAUAUCAAAAAUUAUAGGACCUAUUCAAAGCAGAUGCCUGACUGUACGAGUGCCUGCUCCCAGCAUUGAAGAUAUCUGCCAUGUGUUGUCCAGUGUGUGUAAGAAAGAGGGCCUGACUCUUCCUCAGGAACUGGCUCAAAGGCUUGCAGAGAAAUCUGGCAGGAAUCUUCGGAAAGCACUGCUUAUGUGUGAGUCUUGCAGAGUGCAACAGUAUCCUUUCAGUGCUGAUCAAGACAUUCCUGAGAUGGACUGGGAAAUUUAUCUGAGAGAAACUGCAAAUGCUAUUGUCAGUCAACAGACACCACAAAGACUUCUAGAGGUUCGUGGACGGCUCUAUGAACUCCUAACACACUGCAUUCCUCCUGAGAUUAUAAUGAAGGGCCUCCUGACAGAACUUCUGAAUAACUGUGAUGGACAACUGAAAGGAGAAGUUGCACAGAUGGCAGCCUUCUAUGAACACCGCUUGCAACUGGGCAGCAAAGCCAUUUAUCAUCUUGAAGCAUUUGUAGCAAAGUUUAUGGCAAUUUACAAGAAAUUUAUGGAGGAUGGACUAGAUGACAUGAUGUUCUAAGCCCAAUACCUGUAGUUGUAUGCAGAAUGUUGUGUCAUAUGUAUGUAUGCCAUAUUAGUUUUCUGCUGUCCAUGUCUGUUGGCAUGUGGGUCUAGUUCAAAGUCAAAUAUUUUAUUUGAUUAUGGAUAUAAACCACAAUGAACUAAAGAACAGUGUUAAGUUUUGGCAACCAGAUGGAUUGUUUAACAGCAUCAGUAGAUGUAUGGAAAAUACCUUGUGCUUUCAGAAAGGCAAAAGAUUGCUUCUGAAGAUGGAUAAGAUGGUAGUCUACUUGUAGUAUUUGUAGUAUUCUUACAUUAAGAAGACAGAAUGUGCUUCUUGGUUUUUUUUAAUUGUUCAGGUCCAGAACUGUUAGCAAGACGUAUCCAUGUUGUAAAUUGCUGUUUGAACAUGUAUGUAUAUAUUUUGCCUACUCGUAUAUCUCAUUAUGUCUGUGUAUCUCAUUUCUUUGUUUUAGCCACAAUAUUGUCAGUGAUGUGGUGACACAAUGUUUUCUGACUCACAUUUGUAAGCAGUUGUGUCGAAAUUAGAUGAGUAAUACUUUUGUCUUGCUUGUAAGUCAGUUGGACAGCAUCAAACUUUGUUUAAAAGGAAUGUGUCCAUAUAAAUGAAGACCACAUGCCAGCUGACACUUUCAUGUUGUUUCCAACGUACAUAACUGCUCAGGUAAAGAUUAUUCCUUUGACUCUGGUAUAAUCAGUGGUAAGGUUUCAAAUUUUAACAAGUACAUCUUCUUAAGAAGCGGAAGAAAAGAAUGUGAACAAGUUAAAUGCUGAAUUAGUGUUUUAUGCCAUGUAGAUGAUUACCUUAUACCAGGUAUAUGCAUUCAUUUACUUUGAUGUAAACUGUCUUUCAGAAAAGUGGGGCAAUACUCCCUAGUGCAAGUCUUUGGGGAAACAUCAAAGUAAAGGAAGCCAUACCAAUUUGUUCUGCAAGUCUUUCACAUGUUAUUCCUAUGUACCAUGUGUUCCCUAGGACUGACUAAAUUAAUGUUGUCACUUUCACUUGUCUGAUUUAGACAACUGCUAGAUAUGUGGAAAAAAAAUAUUAUAUAGAAAUAAAUUAAAUUCCCAAUUGCCUCUCCUCAUUCAUAGUCUCUAGAAUCUUGAGCAUUCAUGUGUAUUCUUAUGUGUAUACAUACCUUCCUGUUCAGUGCUAGUGUGCUUUAUAGUGAACUGGUUUCGUGAUUGAGGAAGUCUAGAGGAUAGACUUUCUUUACUCUUGUGCCACAAAUCUACAGUGUUGUGAGAAUCCAGACUGACUGAUGUAGAUCCCCAGAAAACUCAUUUUGUUAAUUCUGAAAUAAGUUGGCAGAAUUAAUAGUUGUGGAGACAAAUGCUCAAAUAUUUUACAAGAGAGAGCACAGAACUGAGAAAGGGGGCCAUAAUUACAACAUGUACUAAUUGCCUGCUCUUUCAGGAGGCUAGUCUAUACUCAUUUUCAAAACCAACCAUGACUUGCUUAUUGCCUACUGUAACUCGAGGAAGUCAUGACAAGGCUAAGUGACACCACUUACGUAUAUAUUUGCUUUUACUUCUAAUCCAUUGUCUGUGGAAAGAAUGUGAAAGGGUAUGAAAGGCAUCAUGACUUGGAAAACUUAGUGAACCUGCCUCCCUAUUCCCAUCCUGCUUUCUAUGAGUUAAAGCAGUUUUCUGUUCUUCAUCUUUUAUCUAUUACUGUGUUUUAAAAUUGUAUCAGCUGUGGUUUAAUGUCCUGCUCUGUGAAUCAUUCUCAUAAAUUAAGCAGGAUCAGUAUUGACAUGGAGAAGAGAGAGAAGAUGUGUCAGUUGGAGACGGUGAUUGUUGCUUCAAAGGACCUCACUUGCUCAAUGCAGAAGUUUAACUGCAUAACUGUGUGGCUGUGCUUCAUCUAGUUGAGUGGUUUCAUUUUUGUUGUGCUCUACCUCACCUGGGACGAGUAAUCAAGGAUGGGGAAGAAAAAGGGUAAUGAUCGAUGAUGGAGAAAAUGGCUGAUGCUGUUCCAGGAUGCUGCUGUUUCUUUCUGUUGAUCCUGCUUCUUCAUGUGCUGUAGCCUGGAACACACAAACUUAAAUAUGCAGGCACAGAAUCUCUUAAGUCUAUACAUGUCUCCUGCAGUGCCUGUAUUCUUAAAAGAAGAAGUGUGUUUGUUUCCAGGACAACUAGUAAGUGGUAGAAUUUUUCAACACAAAAAUCUUUCAGUCCGUGUGCUUAGAGGUAGUCAUCAAAGCAGAAUAGCCUGAGUUGGAAGGGAAACACAAGGAUAUCAAAUUCAACUUCUGGCUCCAUGCAGCACCACCCAAAUUCCAGACCCUACAUCUGUGAGUGUUGUUCAAAUGCUCCUUGAACUCCAGCAGGUUUGGCACUGCUGCCCUGCAGAGCCUGUGUAUCAGCAAGUGGGGUUGAUGGGAUGGUAUGAGCAGGUGGUUACCAGGAAAAAAUGGAGACUUCUGCUGGUUUUUCCACUUAUAUAGUGCUAUUACAUGUAGCCUAAUACAUCUACCACAAAAGCAGAACCUUUGUGGGGUGAGGAAGCAUCUUGGUGUGGGUAUUAAUGCUUCCUGUAUGUGUGUAAAUGCACAACAUUCUUCGUGACAAUGUAUGCUGAGCAGUGUGCACCUUCACACACCUAGCAGGAGAGGCAGUCAGAAAGACUUCUAAACACUGAAUAGCACGGAACUUCUAGGUGAUGUUUCUUCAGCUGAUUUCACUUUUUGAGAUCUGCUUAGAGUUGCUUCUGAGUUGCAUGCUGAGAGGAUUAGCCUUACUUUCAUCCAGCAUCACCUCCCGCUACUUCAAAAUGAGAACUGAAAACUGCUCCUACUCAGGUGGGACUUAAACUCUGCACAGCCUAAGAGGUUGCACAGGAGUCAGCUUCAUGCCAGCACAGAAAGUCAGAGGUGAAAGUUUUUUUAUAAAAAAGAUCAAGAAACCAAAGAUGGUAACCACUUUAGUUAAACUUUCUCUGCUCUGCAAAGAUCAGCUGCAAAAAGGCGAGUGGUACAGUCUGGCUUCUCUUUCCCAUUUCUGAAAUCUGAGUGUUAACUCCUGCAAGGAAUAUAAUUGGGAUUUUUUUUAUAGG